AUGGCUUUGUCAAACGAAUUACGGAAACAUGCUUGCACAAUCUGUGCUCGUCGCAAGGUCAAGUGUGAUAGAUUAGAUCCUUGUUCCAAUUGUCAAAAAGCACAAACACAAUGUUCCUACGAAGCACCACCACCGCCUAAACCGCGCAAAAGGGCUGCCGAUGAAGAAUUGUUGGCCAGAUUGGCUAAAUAUGAAGAGCUGAUGCGAAAGAAUGGUAUAGAUUAUACUGAGCAUACCAAUGUCUGGGUAUCUUCUAGUUUGGGAACAAAGCUUGAAAGGGACACUUCAACAGAUGCUGAUUCUCCUUCUCCAACUGAACUGUGUCUUUGGUCGACGUUAUGUCCAGAACUAAAAUACCCUCCCAUGAUGACUUUGCGACACAAGGAAGACCCCUUCCUUCAUCCAUCGCCACCUUUCAGCUCAAUACUGAAUACAUCGGAACAUACAUACGAUUUUCAUCCAGAAGCAAAGCACAUUUACUUCCUCUGGCAAACGUUUGUCGAGACUGUCAACCCGCUCAUCAAGAUCAUCCAUGUCCCAAGUUUGCAAAAGCGCAUCCUUGAAGCUAGUUGGGAUCCUUCGCGCAUAGACAAGUCACUUUCGGCCCUCAUGUUUUCUAUCUACAUCCUCUCCAUCACUUCUUUAACGUCAGAGAAAUGCCUAUCUUCCUUUGGGCAGGACAGAGUGGCUUUACUCACGCACUAUCGAAUUGCAACCCUAAGAGCUCUCGCUGAGGCUGAUUACAUGGAAACCAAGACAAUGGAGGUGCUGCAAGCGAUGACACUUUUCAUCUUUUCCAACCCAGAAUCUGAAGUAGCAAGUACCAUGACGACAGUUGCUAUCAGGGUGGGUCAGAUGAUGGGUAUUCACAAAACUGAGUCCGACACAAGGUUAUCCUUCUUUGAGAAAGAGAUGCGGAUAAGGCUUUGGUGGCAGAUAAAAGGUCUCGACUCUAGAGUCCGCGCUGUUUCAACGCCUGGAAUCAAACCUUCCAAAAGCGACUUUGGAGACUUGCGGCCCCCUCUCAGUAUGAAUGACGCCGAUUUGCAUCCGGACAUGCUGGAGCCUACUACAGAAUACACCGGUCCAACAGAGAUGACGUGUGUUCUAAUGAAGUACGAGGUCACAAGCUGGAUCCAAUCAUCACCCCGGGCGGCAAAAGUUUUCGAAGGCAUGGCUCCCGGCUUUACAAAAGCUAGGACAUCUACCAAAAUCGAAUACGAAGCUGUCAAUGAGCUAGAAGCUAUAUAUACGGAGAAGUAUCUAUCAAAAUUGGAUAGAUGUGUUCCGUUCCAUGAUUUGACCUACACCAUGGCGAAUCUAGCCCUUGCUCGCAUGAGAUUCAUGCUGCACCACCCACGAGGUCGAUCGGUAUCCGGAGAGGAUGUGUACAUUACACGACAAGAAAGUGACUUUAUCUUCAACGCAGCCGUUUCAUUCAUCCAACACGUCGACAUGGGUUUCAAGAGCAAAUUCUCAUCUCAUAUAUUUACCCAUUUGACUUCUACCUACCACAUCGACGCAUAUAUCUACGUUGUGAGCGAGCUGCGCAGUCGGGACUCGGGUGCUAGAAUUGAUCUGGCGUGGAAGUUAGUAAAUGGUCUGUAUACUGACCACCACGAGCUUGUUGACAAUACCGAGAGUCCAUUGUUCGUCGCUCUGGGUAACUUGGUUCUAGAGGCUUGGGAAACACGACGAAAAGUAUUGACUGAGGCAGAUGUUAUCCCGUCUUGUAUCGAGUUGCUUUGGGCAAAACGACGAGUUGCAAACGCAAGUGCCGAGGUACAAGCUGAUGCAGUUAAUGGUCUCGAAGGAUGGGAGUUCAAUGUGGACGACUUUGAUUGGAGUUAUUGGAACAACUUUAUGCGUUUUUAG